AUGGCGCGCCCCUCCGUGGUUCAAGAAUACGAUCCCGCGCCAACCAUCAGCGUCGACCACAAGUCCGCGGCCGAGCUCCAGAAGUACCGAGUAGCUCGCCCGCCAGGCUAUCGCGUAUCAUGGCACGCCAACCCAGCCGUUGAAGCACACCACUUUGGCCAGUCACACCCAAUGAAGCCAUGGCGUCUCACCCUCACCAAACAACUCGUCAUGGCGUACGGCAUGCACCACGCCAUGGACCUCUACCUCGCGCGCGCAGCGACCUAUGAAGAGAUGGCCGACUUCCACGAAACAGACUACCUCGACUUCCUGCGCCAGGUCAUGCCAGGCGACAUGGAUCGUCCCGAACAAGGCGACAACGUCAUCCGCUUCAAUUUCGGAGACGACUGCCCCAUCUUCGACGGGUUGUACAACUACUGUUCCCUCUACGCCGGCGGCACUGUCGACGCAGCCCGCAAGCUUUGCAACAACCAGUCCGAAAUCGCAAUCAAUUGGUCUGGCGGUCUCCACCAUGCCAAAAAGGCAGAGGCCUCAGGCUUCUGCUACGUGAACGAUAUCGUCCUGGGCAUCCUCCAGCUCCUCCGCCACCACCCCCGCGUCAUGUACAUCGACAUCGACGUGCACCACGGCGAUGGUGUCGAACAAGCCUUCUGGUCAACAGACCGCGUUCUCACCGUCUCCUUCCACAAAUACGACAAAGACAACUUCUUCCCCGGAACAGGCGCCCUCGACGACACAGGCCCAUCCCACCCCCUCAACCCAGGCGCUCACCACUCAAUCAACGUGCCUCUACACGACGGCAUCGACGACCACUCCUACAUCGGUCUCUAUGAAGAAGUAAUCGGCGCCUGUGUCGAGACCUACCGCCCCGGCGCAAUCGUUCUCCAAUGCGGAGCCGACAGUCUAGGCUGUGACCGGCUAGGAUGCUUCAAUCUGAACGUUCGCGCCCACGGCGCCUGCGUCGCAUACACCAAGACAUUCAACUUGCCACUGCUUGUCGUCGGGGGCGGAGGCUACACGCCUCGCAAUGUAUCGCGAGCCUGGGCGCACGAAACAUCCAUUCUGCUCGAUGCGGAUAAAAAUCUCGAUUCCACGAUCCCGGACUCCGUCGCAUUCCGUAAUCACUUCGGUCCAGACUUCUCACUCUUCCCUCCUCUGUCGGAGAUGCGGAAGUUGGAAAAUAAGAAUACGAAGAGCUAUAUCGCAGAUCUGGUGGAGGCUGUCCAUGAACAGCUGAGGUAUAUCCAGGGUGCGCCCAGUGUGCAGAUGAGUUUCAUUCCGCCUGAUAUCUUGGGGUUGAGGGAAGAGACUGAGAAGGAGAUUGAGGAGCAGACUUUGAUGGCGGAGGAGGAGAGGGAGGAGAUGGAUGGGGGUGGCUCGGUGGCGGCUGCUGCGUCGGCGGCGGCGUCGUCUGGUCUGGGUUAUACUGGUUCUGCGGCUGCGAUCCCUCGAUCUACUCGGAGGAAUCAGGAGCAUGGCGCCGGGUAUAAGGGGGAGUUGUAUUCAUAG